AUGAACCCACCUCGUCCUCGUCCGCUCAGAAGUCAAACGUCGAACCAGACCCAGGGUUCCAGAGGAGCGGGAGCGGGAGGUACGGGAACGACGAGGUCCGUAGACGCUCGGAGGCCGGAUCCUUCGACCGUUCCUCAACCUCAACCCGAACCUCAAGCUCGCACCCGACCUCAACCUCGAACUCGACCUCAACCCCAACACCAAAAUCACCAUCACCAUCACCAUCGCUCUCAAUCUCAAUCCCAACCUCUUCAAAGAUCUCUUCAAUCCCAACCUCCCCAAAUCGAACCCUCCCCAUCCCCAUCCCCAUCCCCAUCCCCCGGCCCAAACGCAGACUUCGAAGCGGACUUCGAAGCGGACCCAGACGCCGAUCCGGGUCAAUCCACCCAACUAUACAUCCAACAAGUAGCUCGACGGUUCGCUUUCGCACCCCAAUCUCAGCCUUACCACUCGGUCGGAUCAGGAUCGGUUGGGUUGGGAUCAGGAUCGGCUGGGUUGGGAUCGGCUGGGUUGGGAUCGGCUGGGUUGGGAUCGGCUGGGUUGGGAUCGGCUGGGUUGGGACCGCGUAGGGGUGUUGGUGGGGGUACUGGUGCUGGGGUUUCCGCUGCAGGUGCGAGUGCUGGUAUGGGUGCGGCUGCGAUAGGGCAAGCUCGCCCAAGGCCAGAGUUGGGGCCAGUGCCAGGGUCGAGGUUGGGGUUGAGGACGGGUUCUCGUUCGGAUUCAAGGGCAGGAUCGGAUUCGGGUGCAGGGUCGGGGCUGAGAACUACUAGUAGUAGAGCCGACUCGGGAGAUGGAGAGCGAGAGAGAAACAUGAACACGAACACAGGUCGGGGGCAAACAGCCAGGAUCACCAGAUCUGGUACACUCGCUAGCGGAGCUACCAACAGGUCUGCCGGGAGAGCCGCUUACAAUCCCGGCGAGAACUCGAUGGAGCAAGACCAGACCAUCUCGGACACGACCUUGACCCCGCGGGCAAUCACAAUCCCGCCUACCUCGUCCUCAUCUACAUCCACCUCCAUUCCCGCCUCGUCAAACGAAGUCGCCGAGCUCACCCGUCUCGUCCACCAUCUCCUCGGCCGGAUCUCAGGCGAUGGAAUUCUUAUCGACGCUCUCGGCCAGGAACUCGUCGCCCAACGCGCUUUGAUCCAAGAGUUGAACCUUCGAUGGGGACGGUCCGAUGGGGCUUACCGGGAGGCUAUGGAAAUGUUGCACAGGAGGGCGGGUGAGAGUUCGAGGCAGCUCGCUGCGCAUCAUCAGUUUUUGGAGGAUAUGCUCGUCUGGAGGGACAAGAUGGAUCCCGAGUUUGAGGAUGAUGAGCAGAUCGAGGCGUCGCGCUUGGGUUGAGAAAAGGUGGUUGUGAAAACGGC